UUAACUAUUCAUGCAGAUAAAAGACUGUCUGUGCAAGGUGUCCUAAAUAUGGUCACAUUUGGAGGACUUUCAGUUGCAUUCCUGUUUGUGUACACCACUGGUUUAACAGCUUUCCUCCUGAACCCCGCCCAGAGAUGUACGUUCGAGAGCGGAGAUUGUGGAUAUAGCCAGGCUAGCAGCCAACGUCUCCACUGGUCAGUCAGACAUGUAGGCGGAUCUAACAAUCCGACCACAGACCACACAUAUAACAGGGCUGGACAGGGCAAUGUACUUGUAGUGGACACCGACGGUGUGCAUGGUCAUUAUGGGAAGAUAUCUACACCCUCAGUCCAUUAUGCCCGCGGUCAACCCGUCACGGUCCGUUUCUCCUUUAUAAACGCUGGCGACCACCCUAUGGAGUUGGUUAUGUUUGUGAAAGGAGGUUCAAGACAGCCUGGACGUUCAUCGUACACCAGCAUAGGUAGACGCAGCACGUGGCAUGACGUAUGCAUUGAUGACGUUGUCAACGGUGACGUCACAGUGGAAUUCGAAGCCAUCGUUCUUAGGAACGGAAGUAGUUAUCUUGCUAUUGAUGACGUCACAAUUGAUGCAGGGAUGACGUGUUCAGGUGCAACAACUCCAUAUAGUGGUAUUUUGACAACCGCUUCUCCUGUAGCUGCAUCGGUGACGUGCAACUUUGAAUCGGCGUCAAUUUGCGGUUACGUCAACGUUAAUUCAACGGAUAACAUUGAUUGGCUCCACAACAGAGGAAGCACCCCGUCACAACGUACUGGACCGGUACAUGACCAUACAACAGGCAGCUGUACGUACGACAUAACUUUACUUUUUGUCAUCACUCAUGAAGUCUACGUGAUCUCGUCAUCAUUUGAUAAUAUUGCCUAA